AUGUUGGAAGACAAAGCGGUUUUUCUAAAAAUUCACGAAAGUGAACGUGCUUUGAGCAUCUUGCAACGUCUUUCAAACAGCGGAUUCAGUGCAAGUGGGAAUCUACAGGCCGAGAUCGGCUUGGCUUACGAUGGGCUCCGGGAUAUGGUUAUGGCGGCAGCACAAUUCAAACAACUGUUCACCACAUUUCCUUGUCGUCUGGACAAUGUGGAUGCCUACUCAAACGUCCUGUUUGUUCGCGAAGAAUCCGCUGAACUGGCUUAUCUAGCUCAUCACUGUGUGGAAUUGGACAAGUAUCGACCUGAGACUUGCUGUGUUGUUGGCAAUUUUUUCAGUUUACGCGGUCAACAUGACAAGGCGGUGUUAUACUUUCAGCGUGCCCUAAAACUCCGGCCCUCUUAUUCAUUAGUAUGGACCUUGGUGGGUCACGAGUACACGGAAUUACGCAAUACCAAUGCGGCCGUGCAUGCAUAUCGCCAGGCAAUUGCACACAACCGUCACGAUUUUCGCGCAUGGUACGGUUUGGGCCAGAUGUACGAAAUAUUGGAUCUACCAUCAUUCGCCCUAUACUACUACCGACAAGCACAGUAUCUCGCCCCGACCGACUCUCGUCUGAUUGUCGCUUUGGGCGAAAUCUACGAACGACUGAACCGCGUGGAUGAAGCGAAAAAGUGCUACUGGCGUGCCUAUUGUGUGGGCGAUAUUGAAGGUAGUGCACUUGUACGUUUAGCUCAGUGCUUUGUUCAGUGCAAUGAAGAUGCCGAAGCCGCGGCUGCUUACACAGAAUUUAUCAAACUGUGUGAGCAUAAUGGGGUCCACAGUCAGGCAGAAUUGGCCAAAGCAUACAACUAUUUGGCUGCUUAUCAUCUUUUGAUGGGUCAUUUUGAGGAUGCGACAGCUGCAGCCAAUAAGUGUUUAGAAUUUCCCGAGACUCGUGAGGAAGCCAAAGCUAUGUUCCGACAAAUCUCCUCCUGGGCUGCUGAUGCGGGACUGGUGCGGGCCGAUGGACUGAGUGAUGAUCCGUCCUCAACAGCCAAUGAUCUGAGCGAUGAUGCUGUCAUGGAUAAUAGUCGAAAAGAUACCCUUUGGGACGAUUUGCAACCACGACCGCGAAGCUGUUCAGAAGAUGUCCCAACUACGCCUCUUCCAGCAGGUAAGUUUAUUGAUAUAUCCCUUCCGUUUAUCUCAAGCUUCCAGUAA